UCUUUUCUUUCCUUCUUGAUUUGUACUCCCUUCGUCCGAAAUUACUUGUCACGUAAAUAAAUGGAAAUGGAUAUAUCUAAAAUUAAAAUACAUCUAGAUACAUCUAUUUCUAUGACAAGUAUUUUUUUACGAAGGGAGUACUAAGUAUUAAAGAAACAAAUAAAUAACUUCCGUUUCAAUGACCCGAGAUUGUUGUGUUGUUCACGGGGCCAACGGAAAUCCGAAAAUUGUUGGGCUUAUUGCCGACCAUGGACCACUUAACCUUGAGAGAUCUCUGCCGGAAGUUGGAUGAAACUGCUCUGUCUUAAUCUUAAAAAACAUAGUGCAAUCGUGUAUACAGUGUUGCAAUGUGAACUGCUCCUUUUCUGAAAGGUCAAAAGCUGGAACUGGUGAGAUGAUGAUGAUGAAUUUGCCACCAACCACACUCAAACCAACCUCACUAGCAGAGGCAGCUCAGCUCAGACACUAACCAACCAACUUUCUCCCAUUGCCAAUAUCAAUACAGCCAUCAGAAAUCCACCCAGUUUGCAGAUCAGCCGGGCAUCCUCAAGAACACAACACCACCAUGGAAAGCGGUGCGAAUGGGAUCCGCCGGGCGGCGCCGCUGGAGGCGCUGCUGUUCGACAUCGACGGCACGAUGUGCGUCUCCGACCCGUUCCACCACCGCGCCUUCUCGGAGCUGCUGCAGGGCCUGGGCUACAACGGCGGCGCCCCCGUCACGCCGGAGUUCGGGAUGGCGCACAUGGCCGGCCGCAGCAACGAGCAGAUCGGCCGCUUUCUGUUCCCGGACUGGCCGCAGCAGCGGCUCGACGCCUUCUUCGCCGAGAAGGAGGCGCUCUUCGCGCGGUACGCCGGGGAGGGGCUCCGGGAGGUGGCCGGGCUGGGGGAGCUGUGCCGGUGGGCGCGGGAGCGCGGGCUGAAGCGGGCGGCAGUCACCAACGCACCCCGCGCCAACGCCGAGCUCAUGAUCGGGAUCCUCGGGCUGGCGGACUUCUUCCAGCUCGUCGUCGCCGGCGAGGACUGCGGCGAGGGACGCUCCAAGCCGUGCCCCGACCCCUACCUCCGCGCGCUCGCCCUGCUCGGCGCGUCGGCGGAGCGGUCCGUCGUGUUCGAGGACUCCGUGGUCGGCGUGCAGGCCGGCGUGGCCGCGGGGAUGCCGGUCGUGGCUGUCGCGAGUGAGAGCCGGGAGGCCAAGGUCGUCGCCGCCGGCGCGUCCAUGGUCGUCAGGGACUACCGCGACGCCAAGCUCUGGGCCGCGCUGGACGCCGCCGCCGGAGCUCCCAAGAUUGAUUCAGAGCUGAGCGCGGUGGAGCCUCAUGUUUCCGUUCCCGUGGAGAAUUGAGUACCUGGAAUCCCGUCAAUAAUCCACUUAUGAGCCAAACAUCAUCUGCAUCCGCGCUGAAAGAAUUUUUUUUCAAAAAAUACAAUUAAAAAAUCUAAGUUUUUUUUAUGAUAGAUAAUUUGAUGGGUGAGGUCUUGUUUUAAUUUUCAAAAACAAUUUAAACAUUUGAGCAGCUUUUGAUAAAAAAAUAAAUGCAGGGUCUGUUAAAAGUUUA